AUGACUCUUGGCUCUGCAGGAUCCAGUGUUGUGGUCCCUCGAAAUUUCAGAUUGCUGGAGGAACUGGAGCGUGGAGAAAAAGGAAUUGGAGAUGGUACUGUGAGCUAUGGAAUGGAUGAUGGAGAUGAUAUUUACAUGCGAUCCUGGACAGGCACCAUUAUAGGUCCUCAUAAUUCUGUACACGAAUCUCGCAUAUAUCAGUUGAAGCUAUUCUGCGACAAAGAUUAUCCAGAGAAACCUCCAAGUGUUCGCUUCCAUUCUCGGAUCAACAUGACUUGCGUUAACCGUGAAACCGGAGUGGUGGAAGCGAAGAAAUUUGCAGUUCUGGGAAACUGGCAGCGGGAGUACACCAUGGAACAUAUACUGGCGCAGCUGAAGAAAGAGAUGGCGGCUUCACACAACCGAUGGUGGUUAGCCGGUGGUUCCUGCGGUUUAGGUGGUGUCCCCUCCCUGCUCCGCCACCAUAUGGGGAAAUUAGAGGGAGAGGGAGAGGGAGUGUUUCUAACUAAUUAA